CUACAUAAACAGCGUUGCACGAGCCAGAAAAAUUGGAUUACAAUCUUCUUGAUAAGGUAUUUAAAAUAGCUUAACAUUGUCGAAUUCACGAACUUGACAGUUUAAAAAAUGACUAACGACAUACCUAAGAGAAAGGGGAAGAACCCAGGUGAGAAAAAGGGCAAAAGAAAGGCCAAAAGAAGAGAGACUUACGCGAUGUACAUCUAUAAAGUUUUGAAACAGGUUCACCCGGAUACAGGGAUUUCAAGCAGAGCCAUGAGCAUCAUGAACUCCUUCGUGAACGACCUGUUUGAGAGAAUCGCCACAGAAGCGUCCCGGCUGGCUCAGUACAAUAAACGCUCCACCAUCACUAGCAGAGAGGUGCAAACUGCAGUGAGACUGCUGCUGCCCGGGGAGCUGGCCAAACACGCCGUGUCUGAAGGCACGAAAGCUGUCACCAAGUACACCAGCUCCAAAUGAAGGCUGCAACACACUGCGAGUCAAAAAUAAAUGUUUCAAAGAAUACUGGAUCAGUCGCUUUGUGACCCGAUAGAUGGCAAUAAAAGCAUAUAAAAUAUGA